GCAUUAGGCACCGUGCUAGAUGACAGCAAUCCGGCGCCGAAACAUCGACGGGACACACUCUCCGACGCAAGAGUCAUGGCGGCCACGGGCGGAGGGAAAAUCAGAAGCAGGAGAUAUCACGUCGCCUCCAAACCUUACGCCAAGACAAAGCAGCAGUCAGGCCUGAUCGGCCGAGUGACCGACACGGUGAAAAGCCUGGUUCCCUCCUGGCUUCAGAACUACUUCAAGAACGAAGAGGCUCCGGAAGGUGAAGCGGGAGGAGGUGCAGAUGGUGACGGCGGAGGCAGAGAAGCGCUGGAUGUGACGGAGAACUGCCUGCGGCCCCCUCCCAACGGCGGCAGAGAGGGGCCGCCCCCUCUGCUGGGACGUCACUCACCCGAGCCAAGUACUAGUCACACAGAGCCCUUGACCAGCCGGACAGCCCUUAACUUUCAGGACUACGUGCUGUCCCGCCCACCACUCAGCCACUCCCACCUCCACUUCUCGCCGCUGGAGACCUCGUCGCCGACGCUGGGCGGCGGCCUGUUCUCGCAUCCCUCCACCUCAUCGGCGCCAGGGCCCUUCUCCACCGGCUUCUCCUUGGUCAAGGAAAUCAAGGACAACCUUUCGCAACAUGACGACGAUAACAUCUCCACCACCAGCGGCUUCUCCUCGCGCGCCUCUGACAAAGACGUGCCGGCGUCCAAGGUGGCGUCGCUCCCGCAGCUUUGGACCCCGGAUGCAGACCGAAGCAUAUCUGUGCCGCAGCCCUCUCAGUCAAGUCUGAAGAGGCCUGCUUUCAACCUGUCCGUCUUUGGUACUUCUGCCAAUUCGACGCUGAACUCCAGCCAUCUGGGAGAUUCCCCCUUUUACCCCGGCAAGACCACAUAUGGCGGGGCGGCUGCUGUCCGAAGUGCACGCACACGCCCUGGAACGCCGUACCAUGCCCCGGUGAGGAGGCAGAUUAAAGCCAAGCCGGCUGGCGCGCAGCCCUGCGGGGUGACCAGCGCCACGGCCCGACGUAUCCUGGAGUCUUUGGAGCGCAUGUCCAGUCCUCUGGCAGAUGCCAGGAGGAUCCCAGCAGCAGCAAGUGCAGCAUCCUACUCAACGUCAGUGGAUGACGGCGAUCUUGAUGUGUCACAUUUGCAGGCCAAAAAGAAACGGCACGAUUCCAAUCUCCCGCCGGUGCAAAAGCUGGUGGUCCCCACCGCUGUUAUUGGCUCGUCAAACCGCACUGUCUCCUUCAGGCCCAGUUUGACCCCAGGCGGGCCGAUACGCACUUUGGACCAGGUGCCCAGAGACAAGCCCACAAAACAAUCACCCCCGCUACCCGAUCGAAGCCCCGCGGGCCCAUCUCAAAGCACAAUUGGGUUCAGUGGUGGAGUCUAUCCGAUGUCUAGCACACCUACUCCCAGCAGCUCCGGAGGUGGUAAGAUGAAGACUGAGCGCAAGAUCGCGCGGGUGUCCUCCAAACGCAUGGAGGAUGACAAGGUGACUGAGCUGCCAGACCUUCAACCCAUUUCGCUUCCCCUUAGCACGUCUGCCUUGCCCACCUUCAGCUUCUCCUCCCCGUUGCCCCCCAUCGCUACCUCCGCCGCCUCCAGCGUCAGCCCUGUCAAGAAAACGGCAAUAACUAAGGCCACUUCCAUUUCGCCCCCCUGUGCACCCUUUACAUUUUCCUCGCCCAUUGUUAAAGCUGUCCCCGCUAGUCCUCCUAACUUCUCCCCUACAACUCGCUUCACAUUCAGUGCGCCUGUAACAAAAAUGGGCCCUUCCAUGUCAAACGGGAAGCUAAGCGCGCCAGUGAAAAUAACAACAAACGUAAGCACAGAAGACUUUGACUGUGGCCCCUUCAAAGUAGCCAAGACACUGAAGCAGGGCAGCGUGCUGGACCUCCUCAAGUUGCCCGGCUUUGCUUCAACGACCGUGCUGAAGUCGCCCGAGACCUCCUCACAGUCCACUGCUGGCACCUCCUCCACCGCUGCCGCCCCCUUAACAGGCCUCAUUGACUUGGUUAAAGCCCCAGCCGGGUGGAGUUGCGACGUCUGCUUAGUGCAAAACAAGCCAUCGGUUACAAGGUGCGCUUGCUGCAUGGCUCCUCAGCCUGCCGCCGCCACCAAGGACAAUAAAACAGCGGGCCCGGCACUUUCGGAGCCAAAGGGCGGCACCAAUGGCAUGUCCGUCAGCUCCCCCUUCACCAAAGUGCCGACCAAUUGGGAGUGCGACACGUGUCUGGUCCUCAACAAGCCCGAAGCUGUCAAGUGUGUGGCCUGCGAGACCGCCAAGGCCGGCACGGGGCUCAAGGCCCCGUCCUCUCUGCCCUCCUCCACCUCCGUGUUUGACGGAUUUGGAGACACGUCAAAGAAACCAGAGGGAGUGUUGGAGGGCGAUGUUGGCGUGCUACAGCACAAGGUUGCAGAUGCAAACCCUCAAGCCGGCGCGUGUGCAGGCACGCCGGCAUUCAGCUUCGGGAGCAAGUUGAAGACGCCCAAGAACUUGUGGGCCUGCGACACAUGUCUACUGCACAACAAGGCCGCCGAUGUCAAGUGCGUCGCUUGUCAGGCCCUCAAACCUGGAGCACAGGCCGAGCCCCCAGCAUCUUCUACUACCUCUACUUUUGGAGGAUUCACCUUCGGCACAUCCAACAGUUCCUCAGAGUCUGCGCCCGGAGGGUUCAAGUUUGGUGUUACCACGUCGGAAUCCUCCUCAUCGGGUGGAUUCAAGUUUGGCAUUUCGUUUGGUAACCCCUCGUCAGAAGCCCCUUCAAAAAACAUGAAUGCCUCUCUGGGGCUCAAGUUCAGCACCUCAUCCGAGGGCUUUAAAUUUGGAAUGGCCCCCGGGGAUGAUGAAAAGCCAGAGCAGCCCGCGGCUGGUUUCAAGUUUGGAUCCGGCGAUGGGGUCUCGUUGGGGGCGGGCUCAUUGAGCACGGAAAGCAGCAGCUCUUCGAAAGCGUCCUUUGCCUUUGGCCUUUUCAAACCUGAGGAAAAAAACUCAGAUGCUGCCACCUCCUCGGCUGCUGCCACACCCACGACUCCUUACACUCGGGAGAAGGGCUGCAACAACGACAGCACGGCAACUGAUACCACGGCGACCGGCGCUGCCUCGUCCAUGUUCGGAACGCCCGCCUCCGCCACCCCACCCGGGGCCGCGCCAUUUGGAUUGCUGCCCGCAGAGAAGAAGCCUGCCCCCCCUCGAUUUGCAUUCGGGAAGCCGGAGGAGAAGAAGGAGGCAUCCGCCACCUCGACUCCGUCUGCCUUCCUCUUUGGCGGCGCCAGUAAGAACGCCGACCCCGCGCCGGCCAUUUCGAGGGGCUUCUCUUUCGGCGAGCCAAGUGUGCCGGCGGCGCAGCAGCAGCCACCUUCUUUUACUUUUGGCAAGCCAGCUGACAAGAGCGACGCAGCAAUUUCAACAACUGCAAAUUCCACUUUUGUGUUUGGACAAAGUGCUGCAGCUUCUGAUCCUCCCAAAAUGCCAUUCUUCUUCGUGGGAAGCAACGCCACCACUAGCAGCAGCAGCACCUCCUCCACCUCAAGCGCCGGGCUCUUUGGCAGCAGCACCCAGCCUCUCCCUCCUGCUCCCUCCCCCGCUCCCACCCAUUCCACUACUGCAACACCCAGCAAUUUUCCUGCACUGAUCCUUUUUGGUCAGGGCGCCGCAGCUGAUCCCGCAGCUAGCAGUGCCCCCCCAGCCAAAGCCUUUGUCUUUGGGCAGAGCCAAGACGCUCCGUCGGUCGUGCCCGUCAACUCAACCCCGCCUCAGGCAGCGCAACCCUUCAUCUUCGGAGCGGCCACCACUACACUUCCCACUGCGCCUUCUGUCAACUUUGGAGCAUCUGCGCCAUCUGCGACCUCCUCUGCAGCUCCCAACCCCUUCUUAAUCAGCUCCUCGAAUGCCGCAGAGUUUGGAACCAACCAGACGCCGGCGUUCGGUUCGUCUUUCAGCUCACCGUUUACGGCGGCCGCUUCGCAGACCCCUGCGUUUCGUGCCAAGCCUGCUGCCGCCACCGCGCCCGUAUUUGGCCAGCAGGCCGGCGCCGCGCCCGCCUUUGCCGCCUCCACUGCCAAUUCCACGCCAGGUGGAAGCUUUCAGUUUGGAGGAGCCAGCGCCUUCGGCGCCACCGCUAGCACGGGAGUUUUCAAUUUUGGUUCUGGGGCGGCAGCGUCUCCUGCACUUGGCGGCGGGUUAAAUUUUUCACAACCCCUCGCUUUCAACAUUGGGUCGUCCAAAUCCUUCCCAUCGUCACCCGCCGGGCAGCAAACAAUUGCCGGGCGCAAGAUCAAGACAGCUGUGCGACGUCGAAAAUAGACGGACGUCGAUGGCCGAUUGAGAAAGAAGCGCUCACCUUGGACUGAAAUGCCUUUUGGGGGUGGUGGCUCUGACUGAACACUUGACAUUCAACAACAAUCAAAGACACCGAUAGACAUAUCGCAAUUUUCUGCUUGACCCGAGGCUUCUUUUUUGUAAUAAAACGACAAAAACAACUGCUCGCUGCAGAAUUCUGUCGAUUUUAAUGUACAAGCGGAGACUUUGUUAGGCUGUGAUAUGCCAACGCGCGCUGUAUGGACAGGGUUGAACAUGCCUGUUGCUUACCCCCCCCAUCUCCCUAAUGUACAGACCCAAAGUGUGUUUGUGUGUGUGUGAGAAAUGAGCGAUUAUUAUUAGCGAGCAAAUGAAUGUUUCUAAACAAAACGGAGGGUAGGGUUGGACAGACUGCUAACGGGGAAGGACGGAGUGUAGAAGUGUGCACCGUGCAGGUUGCCGCUUGAGUGAGGACUUUGCAGAUGCAUACUUUUCAUGUUUUCAUGUGUUUUCAUGUUUUUUGUCCACUGGAGUCUCUCCUGUCUUUUUCCUCACUCCUCACACUCACUCUCCCUUUACUGCUCUUUCAUUUAAUUCUCUUAAUUGGCCUUUGAAUAUCAUAAAAAAUGUAAAUAGUGCUAUUUUUUUUUUAAUCGCUGUCGUUGAUUUUUGCUUUGUGUGAUCGAACUCUGAACUCAGCAUUUUUUUUUUUGUCUUUAGAAUUUAUUGUGUAAAUUCCUACAUUCAAAGUUUCCCAAAUCCAUUUAAAAUGAGCUUACAUGCAAAUUAGAGAGCCUUUGAUGACUGAAGGCAUAUUGGCUUUUCUGAUCCACUUUUGUUUGGACCAAACCAGUAUUGUACAAAGUAGUAAGUAUAUAUUUUUCUAUUGCGUGUUUAAAUGGACACGGGUGACUUUGGAUGAUAGGGAAGAAGUCGAGUUUAAUUUUAAAGCCAUGAUUACUAUUACCGGUUGAGUGGUAAAAACUUAAAAACAUGGUUCGUUCCAUCAAUAAAACUGUCAAAGGUA